UCUUAUAUAAAGCACUGGCUGGCUAUCGGUAGUCAUCAUUCAGCGCACAGCAUCCAAAGUCUAGAGUUUUACGACGAUCAACAGCUUUCCCGCCCACAAUGAAGACCAUCGUUGCUCUCGCUGUUAUUGCUUUGGCUACCGGAGCAUGGGCCUUGACCAUCGAUCAGCAGAAGAAGGCCGAGGCAUAUGCCGCUGAAUGUGUCAAGUCGACCGGAGUUGCCCCAGUUACUCCAGCCAAGCUCAAGAAGGGAGAGUUCGCAGGAGCCGAUGAGAAGACGAAAUGUUUCACGAAAUGCGUCCUGGAAAAGGCCGGAUUCAUGAACGACAAGGGCGACGUCCAGGAGAAGACCGUCGUCGACAAACUGUCGGUUGAUCAUGACAAGAGCAAGGUCGAAGCCACGUUGAAGAAGUGCAACCACAAAGGUUCCAAUGCCUGCGAUACCGCCUUCAAGAUGACCGAGUGCUUCUAUAACACCAAAUACGGAUUGGUCUAAGGAACGGGCAAAUGCGAAAAAGCUGUGAUGAUAGUUUGAAACUUGUGCAAACCGAGCAGGGACUAUUUUUUUUGAGUUAUUAUUUAACAACAUUUAUUUAUUGUAAAUAAAGUUGUAUAUACUUUAGAAAAA